AUGUCAGAUACGGUGCCACCCAACGUGUGGUUCGAAGUCGAUGAUCUCAAUGAGGAUUGGAACUGGUCACAACCGUUUGAUUACAUCCACAGUCGCUUUAUGAACGCGUCCAUUGCGAACUGGCCAGAUUUCGCGACGAAGAUCUUCAAUAACCUCACUCCUGGUAGGUACGUUGAACUGGUUGAACUCGACCUUCAUGCGCGCUCCGACGAUGGGACUCUCAAGCCAGACUCUGCCAUAACACAAUGCACCAGAUUGUUGGGGGAAGCUGCUGAGAUAUUCGGACGCCCUUACCAGGAAGUCCCGCCUCUCGUGCAAGUUCUUCAAAAUGCCGGUUUUGUCGACGUAAAAAUACAUGUGCACAAGUGGCCGACGAACACUUGGCCGAGGGAUCCUAAAUAUAAGGAGCUAGGCAUGUGGGCCAACGACAACUUCAAUGAUGGAUUUGAAUCGUUCGCUAUGGCGCCUUUGACCAGAGCUCAUAACUGGAAAAGGGCGGAGGUCCAGAUUUUGCUCAUGCAAGUGCGAAAGGAUUUGAAAAACAGAUCCAUUCACGCGUACUGGCCAAUGUACAACAUCUACGGACGAAAGCCUUGA